CGUUUUUUUGCUGAUCAGAAGUUUGUCUUGAAUUUUUCGGGAUUGUUUGUACAAUUUCACUAAAAGUUCUUAAAAAAUGGCUGCAGAAAUUAAACCUGCCCCGAGGACACCCAAUGAUAGAUUUUCAACCACGAAAAAACCGGCACUUUUAAGCAAGCUAGAGGGUUGUACUGACGAUGUGAACGCCGCUGUGGUGAUACCUGGCGAGGAUGGAGUAAUUAGCGUUUGCGAUGAUAAGACAGUAAGAGUUUGGCUGAAACGUGAUUCGGGUCAAUACUGGCCGAGCAUUUGCCAGUACAUGCCAUCAGGCUGCACAUCAAUGUUCUACACGCCAGAAACUAGGCAGCUAUUUAUUGGACAAGAGAAUGGGACCGUUUCAGAAUUCACACUAGCUACAGAUUGUAAUAGAAUAAAUCCAACAAGAGAAUAUCUGGCACACACAGCACGAGUCACAGCCGUAACGUUCUCCCUCAGCUGUGAAUGGGUAUUGUCGGUGAGCAGGGAUAAAUUCUUUGUAUAUCACUGCAGUGAAACAGGCAGAAGAAUCGGGGGCUAUUCAUUUGAAGCAUGGUGCACAGCUUUGCAAUUUGAUUCCCAGUCGAAAUACGCAUUUGUAGGCGACUACAGCGGACAGAUAACCAUGCUCAAACUCGAUAACAACGGAGCGGCAUUAGUUACGACACUCAAAGGACACACCGGUUCUGUCCGAGUGUUGAAUUGGGCACCGUUACCUCAGCUCUUGUUUAGUGGCUCCUUCGACCAAACUAUCAUUGUUUGGGAUAUCGGUGGUCAGAAAGGAACUGCCUAUGAACUCCAAGGUCACAGUAAUAAGGUAACGGGCCUCUGGUACGUCGGCAGCUGUGAGCGAUUGAUGUCGGCCGCCGAGGACGGCGCUCUGGGCGUGUGGGAGAUGGGCGUCAAGAGGAGAGAGACCCCCGCGUGGAAGGAGUCCGACCUCUGCCAGAUCUGCAGGGCGCCGUUUAUAUGGAACGUCAGGGCAAUGAUGGAGAAAAAACAAUUAGGUCUCCGACAGCACCACUGCCGCUGGUGUGGCGCGGCGGUGUGCGCUACUUGCUCACCGCACAGGCUGCCACUCCCCGUCAUGGGUUUCGAAUUUCCCCAACGAGUCUGUACCGUGUGUUACGAAACUCUACGUCACGAACCGAGGGAGUCUCUAGCGACAUUCCACGACAUGAAGCAUGCGGUGGCAUCCCUGUACGUCGACGAAGCCACCGGCCGCAUGUGCACCGCGGGCAAGGACCGCGUCAUCAAGGUGUGGGACGUCGGCGUGCUGCUGGCCCCGGCGCCUAAACCUGGGACCAGCGAGCAGUAACCCCACACCGGUACAUUCUUAAUGUGUAGGAUCAAGUUUUACUGAAGAUUUACUUAGCAUCCCUGGCCAAUAGAUGGCGCUGUAUACAAAAAUUUAUUUUGUUCUCGUUUUUGUCAAUAAAUGGCGUUAUAGUGUUUGUCGCUUGUAAGCUGUUUUGGCCUACAGAGUAUUUAGGCUUGUCAUUAAAUUUAUCAUCAAUAAAGGCAAACCCGAGUCGGAGCCAGUCCGCGUGGCUUGUCAACUCUGUACCACGCGACGUGCUCUCGGUGCGAGAGGCACACAAUGCUCAUUGCGCUGUUAAUUUUAAGCGUUGAAAAGCGAACACGCGUUUAUCGGUGUCGGAUAUAAAGACACAUUUACCAAAAACGAAAAAAAAAGGCAAGGUUUUCGCGACAGAAUAAAUGUUUAAAUUUUUUGGUUACACAAUUAAGACAUGCUUUGUUUGACGAAAUCAAAAAUCCUCUUCGUUUCGAUCACAUAAAAAAAUGUGUGUACAGUAAAACCUGAACCUUGCGUCAAGGCAUUAAGAUUAAAAAUUGCAACUUACUGAUUCCGUUUAAAAACUCUGUAUUAGGUGAAAGAAAUUAUUAUUUAAUUGUUAAAAUAUUAUAUUUUCUUGUUAUUGGUUCAAACGAGUGUUCUUCUGGUUUGAUACAAGACUGACUUUAAUUUUCAGAGAAAGAAAAAAAACGCCCUAUAUCUGGAUCUUGUGUUAUUCCAAUUGAUGAUUUUAUAUUUAGAAAAUUUUAAUCGAAGUUUCUAGAAGAUUCAAAAAAGCGUCUGCUUUAAAGUAUUUUCCGUGUGUUUAGCGUGCGGUUGGCAGCACGUCCGCAGCAGACUGAGUCUUGAAGCACAUAGAUAAUACGCAAAAAUUAGUUAUAGAUAAGCAACUCAAGCAACUCAACUCAACUCAACAAAAAUGUUUACGGGCAUCGACCACUAGAUGGCU